ACAAUUUUGAUUACACUGAUUACACUUCGUUACUGAUGACAUUUAUUCAUAAUCAUGAUGCGUAAUCAUCGAUACAUGAUAUAUCAAAGUAUCGGAAAAGUGAACUAGAAAGAUACGAAAUUACCAAGGACAGAUAAGAAUGGAUCGACCAGUUUCGUCAUCGUUAGUACUUUUGCGCGUGACAAAUAUAAGUUUGGUCUCAACGAUUGCCAGUAUGUGCAUGUUUCCGUAGUAGUGAAUCAUUUCCAGAUGUGUCAAUCUUACAGAACUGUUGUUUUUCAUAAAUUCGCGGUACAGCGAGUUUUCUCGCGUCACAUUCAAAUAAACCGCGGUAAUAUUAUCAACUUUUUGACAUCUUAUCAAAGAAAGUGACCGCUGUGAAAAUGCGUAUUAUUUUUAUAAAAGUUCGCGAAGUAUCGCAAAAAUAUCCAAUUGUAAGAGGAAUGGCUUCUUAUACUGUCAUAUGGCCGACAGGAAGUUUAAUACAACAAAAACUAGCAGGAUAUGAUGAAUUAAAUUAUUUACAAGCCUUAAGAUUUAGUUUAUAUGGUGGAUUUUUUGUAGCUCCAACACUAUAUUGUUGGUUAAGGUGCUCUUCAUACUUUUGGCCAAAAUCAGAUCUAAAGUCUGCAAUUACCAAAGCUUUAGUAGAACAAGUGACAUAUACUCCAACUGCAAUGUGCUGUUUCUUUUUUGGUAUAAACUUACUUGAAAUGAAACCAAUAACUGAAUGCAUUGAAGAAGUUAAACAUAAAUUUUGGCCUACUUAUAAAAUUGGUGUUUGUGUAUGGCCUAUUUUACAAACAGUCAACUUUUUUUUUAUCCCAGAACAUAAUCGUGUAGUUUAUGUAAGUUGUUGUAGUUUAAUUUGGACAUCUUUUCUUGCAUAUAUGAAAGCAUUAAAUGCAAAAACAAGUCAAAAUGAUAUAAAAGAUGACAAUAAUUUCAAACACAAAGGUCACAUUAAAAUUCAAUCUACUAAUCAAGUAGAAGACAAAAAUAAAAGAGUAUCUAUUAUAAGAUAAAGAUAUGUAGGAAAAUUA